AUGGCCAUGACGGCGCGGGUCGGUGUCUGGGUGCUCGGGACCGACAGGUCGAACCGGCGGCUCGUGCUCUACGUCGCCUUCUCGUACAUGGCGCUCAUCCUUCUCCACGCAAUCGCGCUCGGGCUUUGGCUGUUCUGGCUCGUCAUGCUGCUGCUCCUGCAGCUCCUCUUGUGGCCGUGCCAGCCGUCGCGGACCUUCUUUCGCGACUUUGUCCGCGAGACCGUCUGCUCCGGGUACCUCGAGUGGCUCUGUCGCUGGGACGUGCGCGUCCGCAACGUAUACGCGGUCAAGCUCUACGUCGAACCGACGCUGCCCGUGGACCUGCAGGCGCACGUUGGCCGCGUCUUUGCGUACUUUCUUUUUUGGAAGUCGUUUGAAUUUUGCAUCGCGGCCAUAACGCUGUACUUGGUCCAGCUGCCGUACUCGACCUGCCAUCCCGAUGGCUAUGCAUUUGACACGGCCACGCGCGCGUAUGUGGCCGUGGCGCGCGACUGUCACUACGCAGAGUGGUCGAUCGCGCUUGUGCUACCGGUGCUUCUGCACCUCCGCCUCGUUGCAUGGUGCUCGGUGCGUAUGUGCGAGAUGUGCAUUGUACCCAUCUUUCGUCCGUCGCUCGCCACGUACCAGAGCCUCGUGGACGUGAACGGAUGCGAGGACGCACCGUUGCGGCUGCGUCCGACGGCGCCCCGCGGCGAAGACACGCUCGCUGCCACCACGCAAGUCAAGUACGAUGAGCUCUCGCCGACGAACCGCCCGUCGCAGUCGUUCCAGCUGCCCCGCGUCUGGCGCGCCAUUGACGACCCAACAAUCUCUGCUCGGUCCUUGAGCACGAUCGACCCGCUCGUGAGCGAACUCGAAGUCGUACCCGAGACCUUUCACGAGAUUGCGUACGGCGACCUGACGCUCAAGGAGGCGGUCGGUCACGGCCACUUUGGCGACGCCCAUCGCGCCAGUUACCUCGGCCAAGACGUGGUCGUCAAGACGCUUCGGCCGACCGAGUUUGGCGACAACGCCGACCAGAUUGUGGCUGCGUUCCGGCACGAAGCCGCGGUGCUCUCGCUGUUUGGACGCCACCCCAACAUUGUGCCGUUCGUGGGCGCGUGCACGGACCUCUCGCACCCGCUGAGUCUCGUGACCGAGUACCUUCCGUUCGGAAGCCUCGAAGACCAGUUUGGCGCGCGCCGAUCUCCGCUCUCGACGGAUCAAAAGACGCGCAUCUUAUGUGACGCAGCGUCGGGCUUUCUCAACAUGCACGAAGGCGGCUUUAUCCACCGCGACAUUGCGGCCCGCAACUGCUUGGUCGACGACCAGCUGCGGGCACGGGUGUGCGACUUUGGUUUGUGUCGACGCGUGCACUCGUACGGCGGCGGCCACUUUGCGGAAGGCGCGAUGCCGCUCAAGUACCUCGCGCCCGAGUCGCUCACGCCACCCCACUCGUUCUCGUUCCGGUCCGACUCGUACUCGUUUGGCGUCCUCAUCUGGGAGACGUUCACCGAGUCCAGGCCGUUUCCGACAAUGACGAGCGCCGAGGCCGCGGCAUAUGUGCUCGAGGGCCACCGCUUAGAGCUUGGCGAGACGAUUCCGACGCCGUACCAGUCGCUCAUUGCGCGCUGCCUGCAAGACGAUCCGGCCAAGCGACCGUCCAUGGCCACCAUCGUGCAAGAGCUCACCCACGCGAUGGCUCGGAAAUGA